GUGAAAUUGAUUACAAUUUUAGUGGUGUGUAGCCGUUUGUAUAAAGGGAGACAAUUCCUUCAGCAAUAAAAACACUUUUCAUAGCACAUUUAUACAGAUGUCAGUAUGACAAGACUGGGCUUUCUUGAACGAAUACCGCUAUGGCAGAGAACAAUCCCAAAGUAUCCGCUGCACUUCAAGGGCGAUCCUCAGCUUCGAGUUUAUCUUCCACUGUUCUGGAUGAAAAUGGUGCAACCAGCUAACAAAUUUCCCAAAAAUAUAGUCCUCUUCAAAGUUCAUCCGCAGAUGAGCAAGUUGGAUAUCGCCCAGUAUCUUGAGAAGAUCUAUGAAACACCAGUUGCCAACGUUCGCACAGAAAUCAGGGAGCAACAAAUCAUGGCGCCAUGGUGGAAUCGGUCAAAGAAACAGUGGGUUGGUAGAAAGGUUGUCACGAGAAUACCAGAAAAAUAUGCCUAUGUCACUUUGGCUAAAGAUGAAUUUGUGUACCCAACUCCAAAGAAAACAGAAAAAUCAAGUGACAGUGAGCGGUAUAAAAAAUACAUGAAAAUCCGUGAAGGCCAUUAUAAAGAACUCAAUGAGGCACUGUCAGUUCCUGCUUGGUUUAGAAGAUAGUGAAAACUGUGUAAGGGUCAGUUUAAUAGGGAAACUGUCGGUUGUAUUUCAGUGAAUAGUGUUUAGAAGCUUAAUCUAAUUAUGCUUUGAAACAGCAGUUUGAUGCUGAUUCUAAAAUGUGAAAAUUAGUGACAUUUUCUAAUAUGGGGGUUUUUUAAGAGCAUCAAUUCAUUGAGUAGUAUAAUAUGUAAAAUAUACGCAGUUGUUAAAUGGUUUCAAUACAUGUUAUCUGUAUAGUAUUGAAAUGUCCCUUUGGAAGAAAUAACAAUGCCUACAUUUUGUGAUCAUGUGAAGCCAGAAAAGUUUCAACAGAUAAUUUUACAAUUAUUUUAAUACAACAAUAUGUUAUUAUUAUAUUACGUUAAAUACAUGUUUGGAAAAUA